UGACCUGCGCCAUGUUUAUUUUCAGCGAAAUGACGGAACUCAGGAACAAGUGCUGAAAACACUGAAAUGGAUGUUCGCUUGUCUGCAGUGGUUGUUUCUGCAUUUUGCCGCACCCUGAUCGUGGAAAUGGAGUGCUAGUAGGCAGAAUAUUUGUUGGAAUAACCUUAACAUACAUUAGAACCUCUGCAUAAACUGAAAAUCAGAGAAACAUGGGCGAAGAGCUACCGCCGCUGCCGCCGAUGACCCGACCGGGUCUGGUUCACGGAGUAUCGUUUGCCGUGCAGAUAGGAUUUGUGCGAGAAAAUUUUCAGAUUCCCCCAGAGGGAGGUGAUCCUUCCAUUCCACUCAUAAAAGAAAUCGUUACCUCAAUGGUUAGACAAAGAUUUCCAGAGCAUGAUUUUUAUGGAGUAUAUGACAAGCUUCUGCUGUUCAAGCACAACCCAGGUACAAGCUACUCUCUCACACCCGUAACAUCAGUUAGCGAUGUGACGGAGGGUGCCCUUAUUGAGGCUGUGUUAUCCGAUCAGUGGGAUGGUAGCCGAAUGAAUGACCUCGUCAGCCAAAAUCCCUCUUCGGCUUCUGCUACAGUUGAAGACCGACAGAUCCGGCCUCACACAUUAUAUGUCCACUCCUACAAGAGUCCAACAUUCUGUGACUUUUGUGGUCAAAUGCUGUUUGGAUUAGUGAGACAAGGACUGAAAUGUGAUGGGUGUGGGGGUAACUACCACAAACGGUGCGCUUUCAAAAUUCCCAAUGACUGCACGUUAUCCAAGCGACGGCGCUCUUCCUUAGCGAUUUCCUCCUCCAGUAUUCCCUGGUCUCCAUCUGAGACCAGUUUGUCCAGUGAAGAUUCUCAGCAGCAGCAGCAGCAGCAGCUUGCAGUAUUUGUAACCCACUCCCAGCAGACUCCCCUAGUGAAGAGCGACAGCUACAAGGAGCGCCGGUCACCGUCAUGGGGCAACAGGCCACUAUGGGUAGAGAGGGCAGUAGCCAGUCGCAUCAAGGUGCCCCACACGUUUGUUGUACACAACUACACUAAGCCAACCAUCUGCCAGUACUGCAAAAGGCUUCUGGUAGGGCUAUUCCGUCAGGGACUUCAAUGCAAAGAUUGUAAAUUCAACUGCCACAAAAGAUGUGCUGACAAGGUUCCUAAAGACUGUCUAGGGGAAACACCAUUGCAAGAAGGAGACAAUGAUGAUCAGGAGAGGCUGAUUGAGAGCGAUGAGAAUGAGGCUGAGGAGAAUGAGAAUGGAUCAAACAGGGACAGUAUUGGAGAUGAAACACUGCCGGACUCCCCAGUCAAUGAAAAUCCACUCAGCCCUGUUCAAAGCAACAACAUUCCACUCAUGCGUAUUGUGCAGUCUGUGAAACAUACUAAGCGAAGAGGAUCACAAGUCCUGAAGGAAGGAUGGAUGGUCCAUUACACGGACAAAGAUAGCAUGCGCAAGAGACAUUACUGGAGAAUAGACACUAAGGCUAUUACUCUGUACCAGAGUGAGAGCAGCACCAGAUAUUAUAAGGAAAUUCCACUGUCUGAAAUCCUGUCUGUGAGGAUGGUGAAACCAUCUCAGGAUGGGAGUGGUAGUGGUAGCAGCAGUAGUGGUAUGGGCAUCUCCGGGCUGGUAGGAGGAGACGGAUUCAACUCCACUCACUGCUUCGAGAUACAGACUGCCAAGACAAACUACUAUGUGGGCGAGAGAGCUUCACUAGGGGAUAGCAGCUCCGAGAAGGGGUCGGGAGGCAGUACCACCUCCAGCUCCAAACUGCCUGUGCCAUCGAGCUCAUCGGUGGAUGAGGAGCCUGAACAGAGCUGGGUCGGGGCGGAUGUGGCCAGAGAUUGGGAACAGAAGAUCCGGCAGGCCCUUAUGCCUGUCACUCCUCAGCAAAGUGGCACUAGUAUCACUAGCACUUCUAGUCCAAGAAAUGAUUCUGUAAUACAAAUUCCCAGAGGUUAUAACCCCCAUCAUCGUCAAGAGCGCAAAGAAGGUCCAGUGAAUGCCACAGAAAAUGGAGAUGAUUUCCCCGCAAAGGUCUCAGAGCCAUCUUUUCUCAACAAACGAGAAAAUAACGACAUCAGUCAGCACUACCAGAUCUUCCCAGAUGAAAUCUUGGGAUCAGGACAAUUCGGAAUUGUUUAUGGAGGUGUACACAGAACUUCAGGAAGGCAAGUGGCAAUCAAGGUUAUUGACAAGUUUCGCUUUCCAACCAAACAAGAAACUCAACUCAAGAAUGAAGUGGCCAUCUUACAUAAAGUGCGCCAUCCUGGUGUGGUGAACCUAGAGCAGAUGUUUGAGACUCCAGAGCGUGUCUUCGUUGUGAUGGAGAAGCUCAAGGGUGACAUGCUGGAGAUGAUCCUGUCCAGUGUUCAUGGCAGACUCUUUGAGAGGGUCACAAGGUUCCUCAUAUCACAGAUCUUGAUUGCCCUGAAGUAUCUACACUCUAAGAGUAUCGUACAUUGUGACCUCAAACCAGAGAACGUUCUACUCUCAUCAGAUGGGGAUUUCCCUCAGGUGAAACUUUGUGAUUUUGGUUUUGCUCGUAUCAUUGGUGAGAAAUCAUUCCGGCGCUCGGUGGUAGGCACCCCAGCCUACCUGGCCCCAGAGGUGCUUAGGAGUAAGGGGUACAAUCGCUCGCUAGACAUGUGGUCUGUUGGUGUCAUUGUCUAUGUCAGUUUGAGUGGUACAUUUCCAUUCAACGAAGAUGAAGAGAUCACAGAUCAGAUCCACAAUGCAGCGUUCAUGUUCCCACCCAACCCAUGGAACGAGAUAUCAGAAGGAGCCAUUGAUCUCAUACGGAAUCUCCUGCAAGUCAAGAUAAGGAAACGCUACACAGCAGACAAGUCUCUAGCACACCCAUGGUUACAGGAUUAUCAAGUAUGGCUUGAUCUACGUGACCUGGAGACAAUAGUCGGCUCACGCUACCUGACCCAUGAAAGCGACGAUGAGCGAUGGAGUGCCUACCAGCAGGCACAGUUGGGUGCAGGUAACGACCCCGCACCAGGAGGGAAUUCCCCGGACAACAACUCAACCCACCUACAACUGAGUCCCGUCAGGCACAUGGACCGUGUUAGCACUCUGUGAUCACCCAUCUUUAUGGAAUCAAGCGAAGCUUAGCUUUGGAAGAGCACCAGUGUGCCACACAUGUCUAUGUGCUCUCUAGGAUUUACGCUUUCAGUUACUAAAGAAUUAUGAGACUAGUCUCUUUUGUGUGUGGACAAACCUGUAGUGAAGCCAUCAUACACUUUCAAUUAGAGCAGAGAUGUUCAGUCUGGGUCAUAUCGUAGGUACCCCAUCUCUCUUGAAGAUAACUUAUAUCACAAAGGAUAUGGACUCAAGAAAACAUAGCAGUGAGACAGCAAAUCUCUGUAUUAGAUGUCUACGUAAAACCAGCACGAUUGAAAACUUCCGAGCAUCAGUAUUGGACACAAGCUACUGGUAUAGAAUCUCUUUCAAACAGGUCAUCCUUCAAUUAAAGCAUGACAACUAUUUGAGGUACCAGGAAGAUACAUGAAGAAAGCCCACCCUUGUUAGUCCUUCAAACAAGCAGGGUGCUUCUAUUUUUGUGCUGUGGAGGAUUGUGCUUCACCUCUCAAGUGUCAGAAAGAAGAAAGUUCUGUCCUCAAAGUCUUUGGUUCUUCACGCCUGGCAUAGCUGUCUAAAUAUCAUUUUCUCUUAUUUAUACCACAUGGAUAUAGAUUGUGUUUCAGCCAGUACUGUAUAUACCUACAUCUCCUCCUCCUCCUCCCAACAGUGAUUUCACAUUUGACUGUGGAAUAGGAUUCAUCGUUGAUGAGCACACAUCAUUCUUUGACCUAGAUGAGAAACCAGUGAUUAUUUUGUGUAGUCAGCCAGCAAUGCUUGAUUGCAUGUUUCACUCACUGUCAGGAGUAGCUACCAGGAGAACAUAAACCGAUAUUUAUCUGCAUAUUUUUUGUGUUGAAGAAAUUGAAGCCUCAGAACAAUAUUCCUUGCCAGAGUCUCUGUUGGUUUGGACUCAAAUGGAAACUAUAUAUAUAUUUAUAUGUAAUUUUUUUGUUAUAGUUUUUGUUUUUUGUUGAUGGACUUGAAGACA